AGUCGCCUUUUCAAUCAACCCCCCAAAAAGUCCGUUCAUCUCCAACGUCUUCCUAACGUUUCCGUUUUCUCUAUUCUUGUUCGUGUUUCAGCUGCUCGUUGCUCUCGGCUAUAUAUAUAUUUAUUCUCUUACUUUGUUUGGUAGCAAGUUAAGAGAACAAUCUCCAUCGACCACGCAUCUUUUCAGGCUGCGUUGUGGCUUCUAUGAGAGGGGGCUUUAAUCCGGGCUCCCUUUUUUUUGAAUGCCGGUGAGAAAAGGGAUAGUUCUCCUCUCGUAAGGUGCAAACGGUGUAGCAACAGAGUUCGUUGCUGAAGUUUAACGUCGGCGAACCCAAGUCACACACGAAGACUCGGCAGCGUCUGCGUGCAUCUCUUCCUUUUAUCUAUACAUGUUAUUCCAAUAGCCUCAUUCUUUUCUGUUUUACCGCGAACGCACGCCCACAUUCUCAAAGUCUUAUCAGCAAGGGAUACUUCUUUUCAGACUAUUUUUCCGCAGGCGCAGUCACCGUUAUCGCUUCGAUAGGCAUUCCUCACGGCGAGUCGGCUAGCGAGUUGGGGGUCCGUUGGUUGCAUCUCGCGUACUUCGGCACGACUUUCGGCGCGCCUUCCAUGUUGCGUCGACGCCUUCUGCACUUCCCCGCCGCGCCGCCCGCCCAUCAGCUGCUCACGCCUGCCCUCUACUACUCGCCCUUUGCCGCGCAUCGUUGCGCAAACACCGGGCGGCCUUUCCGCGUCGUUCCUGCCGCAUUUGAGGCGUGGGCACCCACCGUUGGCACCCACGCCCACACGCGUCGAUUUUAUCGCACCUCAGCCCCAUUCGGUACGUCAAAGGCCCUGCGCUCCUCCCACUCUCCCCCGUUCGACGGGCGCACGAAUUCUGUUGGAGGUGAGCCUCCUUCGACGCGUCAGGCGCCUCGUACAGGGCGUACCAUGUCGCACGAUGGUGUGGAAGUCCCAUGCAGCGCGCAGCUGACGAUCGGCGAUGUCGUCGUCCCAGUGCCCGACUACGCCGUCCACCCGGAGCGCGUGACCUGGGCGGCUCCCGGCGUCGAUCACACCGCACCGUACCUGCGCCACGCGGAAACACAUGCUGCGGGCAUCGUCGAAAACGCCGCGCGCGGCGGACGUGCUGCCCUCCCCCCCUUGCAAGGCGGUGAGCCGGGGGAGGAGAACCCGUUCUUCUCCGUCCUGGACCCCCUCACCCGCAGCCAUCUCCGCUGGAUCGCACAGAAGGAGCAGCUGGGGCAGGAUAUGUGCCUUAUCGGGGACCCCGGGCCGGCGAUGCGGUGGCUUGUCAUGCUCUACAGCCAUCUCACACGGCGUGAGAUUCGAGUGGUUUACCUGAACAGCGACAUCACGGAGAGCGACCUCAAGCAACGCCGCGAGAUUCGCAACGGGCGUCUCAUCUACGACGAUCAGAGUGCCGUGUCGGCGGCCGUGGAGGGCCAGCUGCUCGUGCUGGAAGGCCUCGAGAGGGUAGAGCGCAACGUGCUGCCGGUGGUGAACAACUUGCUGGAGAACCGUGAGAUGCACCUGGACAACGGCUCCGUGCUUAUCCACCCCGCCCGCUACGACUCUCUUCUGCAGAAGCUGUACGAGUCAAAGCAGCAGCAGCGGCGGCGGCACGGUGGCGGUGCCGACGGGGGCGAACUUGCGGUGGCGCAGCGCGCGGAGCUCAUCGGGGAGGCGAAGCACGAGCUUGCCCAGAUGGGGCUCGUCCGCGUCUCGGAGAAGUUCCGAGUGAUUGGCAUCACCGUGCCCGUGCCGCCCUUUGAGGGCAACCCGCUCGAUCCCCCGCUCCGCUCGCGCUUUCAAUGCCUGUACGUGCGCACCCCCCUACCGGUCGUCGCACCGUCGUCGUCGGUGGUCGACGCAUUGGGGUCACCGCCGGGGACGCACGCGCGUCGGAAGCGCACGAAGCAGGUCGAAGAGCUGCAAGAACGUCAGUCCGCGCGCUUUGCGCAGGUGGCCCAGCUGCGCGCGGCGAUCGCCGCCAUCAACGACGUGACGCGCGACUUCCAGCUGAGUAAACCGGGCAAAAAGAAGGCGGCGGCGCAGACCACCGCACCGCCGGGCAGCAGCUGGAGCUCAAGUGGGCAGAGCCGAAGUGGGCGGUAUCGCAGCAUGUAUGACAGCAACGAUGUCGUCGCGGAGAUGUUCCGCGAUGAGGAGGUCAUCAACCGCGGCGGCGCGGAGGGGGACGAGGGGGCGGGGACGCAGAGUGAGAGCGCAGCUUCUUCCUCUAGCAGCAACAACAGCAAUGGCAACAGCCCUCUGCAGACAGUCGGCCACUGGGCCCUCGCGACCAUCGCCCAGCAGCUCGCCCUCUUCCCUGACCUCCCUGUCGGCGAGGCCGUCGUGCGUGGGUUUCCCUGGCCUUACUACGCACGUCAGCUGACCAGCAGCGGGGCAGGCGGGGCGGCAACGGGGUACGCCAGCGUGGAGGAGUACCACCGCCGACUGGGCCAAUACGCGGAGGUGCUCCAGCGCUGUCACGUGUACCCACCGCUACUGUUAGCAGCGGAUCUCUCGAGCAACGACGGCCGGGGCAGCCGCAGCCCCAGUCCUGUGUCCUCCGCGGCGACGGCGCCGGCAGCGAAGUCAUCGCGUGUCAGCGCCCGUCUGCGCACGGUGGUGCAGGGGCAGGGCGUGGAGGCGGGAGGUGGUGAGGCACCAGGCGCCGCCGCCGCGCGUGCGUACAUCCGCUCUGCGCGGCUGGUCUCCACCUUUCUUUCUUCUUCCUCCUCGUCGUCGCCUCCUGCAAAACAGGCGCGUACCUCGUCAGCCGUGCCGCCAACUGUUCAGCAGGCCUGCAACUAUCUUCUGAAGCUUCGCAAUAUCAGCUCGACGGCGGUGUUUUCCGGGGUGCCGGUCGUGGUGGCAGAGGCAGUCAUCGCCACGGCAGCCCACGACACGGCGCACCCUGGUGAGGCAGGGACCUACGUGCUGCCUGUGUUUCUCGGUGCGGCUGCCCUGCCGGCGGACGAGGCCGCGCAGGCUGCGUGGGAGCGCCCGGUGGAGGGCUACCUGACCACCACCGCUGCCCCUGCUACGGUCUUCACGACGGAGCACUUCCACGUGUUGCAGAUGAUGCUGCACAUACACGCGAGUCGACAGCACAUGUGCCUGCUCGGCCCCACGGGCUGCGGCAAGACGGCGAUGGUGCGUGCCUUUGGCCGACUGCUGGGCUACGAGACAAUGCGCACGAUGCACCUGUAUGCGGACAUGACGAACAAGGAUCUCUUCCAACAGCGCACGACGGACCCGUUGACUGGCAACACCACCUGGCAGGACUCCCCGCUGCUGCACGCGGCGAUCUACGGAAAAUUGGUGGUGCUCGAUGGAAUGGACAAGCUGCCGAGUGGGAUGCUAUCCUCUCUGCAGCAGCUCCUCGUGGACCAGAGCGCCGUUCUUGCCGACGGCACCAUCUUGAAGCCACCGACCGAGUACACCCUUUUAAAGGAGCAGCUGCAGCAACGGGACGCGCAGACGGGCGAGGUCAUCUGGCGGCCAACGGAUGCAGAUAUGCGGGAGCGCAAGAUUUUUCCUGUCCACCCCGCUUUUCGGGUAGUGGCGACGGCGCGUCCUCCGCAGCCGGUGAGCGGCGGCGGCGGUAGCGGCGGGGCGAAAGGCGGCAAGGACUUCUUCGUCACGCACGAUCUCACCACGCUGUUCCGCACGGUGGGGAUGCCAGACGCGGGCGAGGACGCCCUCGGACCCGUUCUGCGACAGGUGGCCGCAGCCGAGAUUCAAGUCCUGCAGGCGGAGACGUGGCGGGCUGCGGAGGAGUCCCCUGCGGCGAUGUGGCAGCGCAGUGAGACGGUGGUGGCGCAGCUGCUAGAACUGCGCGGCGAGCUCGAGGCACUGCACGCAGCGGACGGCAAGAUGCCGCAGCUCAGUCUUCGGCAGCUACGCCAGCUCGUGCGGUCUGCCGUGCGGUACCCGACACGGGUGGAGGAGAGUGUGCGGAACACGCUGCUCCUGCCGCUGAUGACGGGUGUGGCGGCAACCAAAGUUCGCCACGCGCUGGAGAGCUGCGGACUAGCAGGGGCCGACACCGCCACAGGCGGCAAACGUGGGGAGGCAACGGCGCCACGCGCCGACGGCGAUGACGAGGUGCUCUCGCAGGAGCCGACCGACGUUUCGACGACGACCGGCACAUCGCGUGUGCCAGCGACGGUGCACGCGGGUCGGGUGUGGUGGGUAAACGGCGCGCGGGUGCUGCGGCUCUCCCGCGUCUACACGCAGCAAGAGCGGGCCCUCGUCCCCUUUGUCACCGGCUUCCACGCCAACCGCGUGCACGAGUCGAUCCUCGCCUGGCUCGCGAAGCAGUACGCGAUGCGGAGCAGCAUCCUUCUCAUCGGCAACCAAGGCGUGGGCAAGAACAAGGUGGUCGACGCAUUUCUUUCGCGCCUGGGGAUUCCUCGGCACUACAUCCAACUCCACCGCGACACCACCGUCGGCAGCUUGACGAUCAACCCCACGGUCGAGGCCGGUCGCGUUGUGUGGGAGGACUCGCCGCUCGUGAAGGCGGUGCAGCAGGGGCAUUGCCUUGUGGUGGACGAGAUCGAUAAGGCGCCGGUGGAGGUGGUGCAGGUGCUGAAGGGCCUUAUUGAGGAUCGUGAGAUGCGUCUUGGGGACGGACGGCUGAUCUACGAUCCCGCCGUGGAGCACCAUCCACAGCAGAACUCACAGGAGCCACAGCACACGAACGAGGCGACGACGCAGCGAAUAGCUAUCCACGCUGACUUCCGCAUUAUCGUUCUGGCGAACCCGCCGGGCUUCCCGUUUCACGGCAACGACUUCUUUCGCGAGUGCGGCGACCUCUUCGCCGCCUACGUCAUGGACAACCCCGAUGCCGAGUCGCAGCUGCGCGUGUUGACCGCCUACGCCCCGACGCUGCCGCGCGCACUGCUGGAGCGCUUGGUGACCGUCUUCAUUGCGCUGCAGCACGCCUUCACGCAGGGGAACCUGACCUACCCCUUCUCGCUGCGUGAGUUAAUAGCCGUGGUGAAGCACAUGUCUCGCUACCCGCAGGACGGCGUCUACGGUGCGCUGAACAACGUGUUUAACUUCGACGCCCGCGACGAGAACACGCUGCGGCUGGUGCGGCAGGUGCUGGCCUAUUACUUACAGCCGAUGGUGGAGCAGGGCGGGCUGCAGCGGCUACGUCCUUUUCGCGCCGGCCAGCCCGUGCCGUUGAUGCCUUUCCACUCGUUGGUGCAGCUUCCUCUUCUCACCCCGGCAUCUGGCAGCAGCACCUCUGCCGACCGUGCAGCUUCCCAAAGCGGCCACUUUCAGGGCCUUGCGACGCUGCCAGCGGAGGUGACGGCAGACGCGGGUGACGUACUGGCGAGCAUUGUCGCAAUCGAAAAAGCACGCGGCUACCCAGUCCCGCCAUCGUGGAGCGCGACGUACCCAACGGAGGCAUUUUCUCCCGCUUCUUCCGCUGCGCAGCCGCCGCUCUCGGAGGCCUUCACCGAGUGGGUCAGCCAGUGCACGCUACCGUUUGUGGAUCCGCAGACGGACAUGGUGCUUGCUAUGGCGUCCAUCAACGCCUUGGGCGGCGCUGACGCGGCUGGAUCGGAGUCGACGCUGCCAUUGAUGUCGGUGUUGCUGCUGCGCACCUCGUCCAAUGCGAAUACCAACGCGUCGGAAUCCGCUUCGACCUCGCUCUCUCCCUCGGCUGCACCUGCGAAGUCCUCCGCUGCACGCUGUCAGCUGAUGGUGGCGACGGUGCGGCUGCCGCCGUCGUUGCUGGACACCCGCCACCUCGUCGCGGAUGCCGCGGAGGAACUCGCCACCCUCUGGCCGGUCGGACACGCGCGCUUUGUCGACGUCUCUACCUACUACGCCGCAGACCUUGCCAGUGACGCCGCCUUGCGCUUCACCUUCGCGAGCCUGCGGAUGAGCGCACAGCGCCUUCCCUGGACAGUAACGGCGACGACGGUCAGCCCUCCGCACCCCGACAGGUCAGAGGGGGCCCUUAGCGAGGUUGAAGACGAGGGCGUCGCCUGGCCACCUUCGCUUACCGCCUGCUCCGCUUCGCCCGUCGAGUGUCCGCCGCAGCAGAAGCGUCGUUCACUCUUUCAGCAGUCGGACAGCGCGCGUUCCAUGAGCGAGCGGGCCCCCCAGGCUAUCCUUCUGCUAUCUUCGAAAGACACUGGUUUUACGGUGCUGCUGGAUGUUCUUGCAGGAGCUGCAUCGGACCUUUUUCUGUCUCGUAUGGGCCUCGACAGCCGGCGGGCGGCUUCCCGCAGCGUCCCAGACACCGCGUCCAACGCACAGCAGAACGAGGAGACUUACCCGAGCGCGGGACCCCGGCUCGGGCCGGUGUUACCCCUCCACCUCGAUCAACUUCUUCGCUUAGAGGCGGAGCGCGAGGGCGGAGGGAGAGCAGCCGUUGCCGCUGCUGCUUCUGCUGUUUCUUCUCCUACGCGCGUGCUGGACGUGCGGGCCUCGCAGGGGAUCAUCGCCUUCGCACCCGCCUCACCCUCUCCGUUGUGCUGCUUCCUUCUUGGCGGACACGUCGUCAAGGUCACGCUCCCGCAGCCUGUGGUGUCGCUGCGCUUUGUUGGCGAGCAAAUUGCGGUCGUCGAGAUGAACGACGCAGCCGCCGCGAACAGUGUGGGAGGCAAGAAGGGCAUUCUCAAAGUUGCGCUCACGGCGGAAGGCACGGCGCAGGCGUCGUUCUUGAACCUGCCGAGGGGUGCGCAGCAGCUGGAGCUGGUCGAGCUGGGCGAGACAGCAGCGACGAUGAACACAACGGUGGCGAACACGCCUGCCUCUCUCCUCACGCCGAAUGACCUCGCCGAUUCCGUCUGGCGCGUCGUGGCUAAUGGUUCGGCUGUGCAGCCGUCCGCGCCGCCGUCAGCCAAAGACGGCAGUGGCUCGGCCGCCGCCGCCGCAUCCGCGACAGACGACCCGACGGCGCGCAACGUUGUUUACGCCCGCGCGGAAGGCGUGACGGAGGACGGGCUUCAACUGCGCUACUACAAGCAUACGAGUGCUUCUACGUCCACGCAGCUCCCGUCUCCCGACGCCGACGUGGUCGUCGAUGACGCGCGGCAUCAACUUUUGCAGGUGCAGCCCGACAGGCGAACCGUGACGGCAGUCGACACCCUGCACGGCACCGUGCGGUCCUUCGCUCCUCUGUCCACGGUGUCAUCUUCCCCUGGCGCGUCAGCAGGUCCACCGCGGCCGUUAAGCGUGGACAACAGCAGUGGGACCGCCUACACAUGGGACGGCGCGGCGCGGCAGCUGGCGAUCGCGGACGUCGACGCAGAGCGGGUGCGACAGCGCUACUCCGAGUGGUCCUCGCUCCUCUCUGGCAACGCCGCCAACGUCGGUGACGCCGCCACCGUGGAUGAGGAUGAAGAGGACGUGAAGGACUUUAAAAUGAAGUACAGCACUCCGCGCAAGCAGCCCUCCGGCACACUGAAGCACGGCGAGGUAGAUGACAAGGAGCACCACGGCGGCAACACAUGGGCCGGUGGCACCGGCGGCACGGACACGGCUGGCCUCGGCGGUAUGGUGGGUCCGUACCGGCUGGACAAGGGCAACGUGGUCCAUCAGGUCUCGCCGGAGGAGAAGCGGAAGGUGCCGAAGCACCUCUUGGAGGAGGCCCGACGCAUGGGCCGUGAAGCUUUGAAAGAGCGUCUGCAGUCGAUUGGCAUGACGGAGGCCGAGUAUGAGGAGUACAAGAGGCUGCAGGAGCGGGUGCGACCUGCCGUGGCGCAGCUACGCACGUUGCUGAUGGGCUUGAAGGCUGCCGAGGGCGAGCGGGUGUGGGUAACCGGGCAGACCGACGGUGUGUGGGACGAUAAGAAGCUCGUGGAGGGCAUCGUGGGCGACAAGAACGUGUACAAGCGCCGCGUCGACUCGAAGGACACGAACCCCUUUCAGCAGAGAUACAAGAAACGCCUCGUUUUCGUGCUGGACGUGAGCGCGAGCAUGUACCGCUUUAACGGCAUGGAUCAGCGCCUGACCAAGCUGCUAGAGACCACCGUCAUGAUUAUGGAGGCUUUCGCCGGCUUCGAGGCGAAGCUGGACUACGCCAUGAUCGGACACAACGGGGACAGCGACAGCAUCCCGCUCGUCAACUUUGGCGCGCCGCCGGCGAACCAGAAGGAGCGGAUGCUCAUCUGCCAGCAGAUGGUCGCCUACGCGCAGUACUGCUGGUCCGGCGACAACACCGUCGAGGCGAUGCGGUGCAGCGUCGAGCUCGUCACGAAGGAGAAGGGAGACUCGUACUUUGUGUUUGUCGUGAGCGACGCAAACCUGCAGCGCUACGGCAUUACGCCGCGGGAGCUGACGGAGAUCAUCCAGAGCAAGCCGGAGGUGAAGAUGUUCUGCAUUUUCAUCGCCACGCUCGGUGCACAGGCCUCGCACCUGCAGCAGCAGCUGCCGGCGGGACACGGGUUUGAGUGCUUGCGCACGGACGCGCUGCCGCAGGUGAUGCGGCAAAUUUUCACUUCCGCGAACGUGUUUUAG